ACAAAAAAAAAAAAAAGGGAGGAAACAGAAAUUGCAAAAACGAAAACGAGCCAAUAAACUGUGCUCCGCUUUUGCCCCUCUACCCCUACGUAGAGCAGAGCUGGAGAGACACAAGCAGAGCUUGUGCUAAGAACCAAUAAAAACAAAAAACGGUGCUUUAAGCUUGCCAAAGGAAAAGCAGCAAAAGAACUGCAACAUCAACAAUUUUCCCCCUUCGCCCUGACACUGUGUGAAUUGCGGGCACAAUUCGCGCUUAAACGGAAAAAUGAGUCCAAUAUAUUUGGUUCUGCUCCUUGGGAUGGCAGCCAGUGUGGCCAGCUCCUCCAAUCGCGCAAUGAUGCAUCUACAUCGCUCACCCUCCAUGAAUGUGGAUGCCUUACGCACUGAAUAUUUCGCCUUAGAGAAAUCAUUGUGGGAUUAUUUGGACAAAACUAGCAACAAGGAGACACGUUUGCGUAAAGUCUAUGACUCGCAUAUGAAUUUCUCGUCCAAAUGGCAAUUCAAUGGAGAAUUUUAUGAGAAAAAAUAUGAUAUUUUGAAUCAUUAUGAAUGGAAAAUAUUGGAACGUGAUUUGGUUUAUAUCAAUAAGCUAUACGAUACAUAUAAGGACACAUUUGUUCAUCAGAAUAAUAGCGCCCUUUUAGAGGAACGCGCCGUAUUGGAUUUAGCGGAGCAUGUGUUACGCAACGAUAAAACCUUCUCAAUGAGUCGCAUAUUUGAAGAAAUUGAACAUACCAUGAUCGGUCAAUCACUUUACUAUAGGGCCAUGUUGAAAUUCUCGGAUCAGAUAUGUCUGCCACAACAAUCGGCUCAACAAUUUAUUUACUCUCUGUAUGCGGAUAUUGCAUUAACCGAACUUAAAGGUUAUACCAUGAUGGAAUUCUCUUGGAUGAUGUUACGUGUAUAUGGCAAAGGAAACUACACCCAGGAAGCGGAAUUAAUGCGUCAAAAUUAUGAGAAACGCACAGAGCGCACCCUAAAACCACUGAGAGAGGUGAUGCGUCGUGCCGAUCGUAUAGUAUGGCGUUGCGAUCCACCCAAACAUAAGGCAGCAGUGACUUAUGAUGAGAUAACACGCCUCUUGCAAGGUUAUAUAGAAAACGAGGUCGAUCUAAAUACCGAUGAGACAUGCCGAGAGACUUGCUCAUUUUAUCAAGCAACCCGUUCGGAGGGUUGUUUCAAGGAAUUAUUUUGUGCUCGUCAACCCAAAUGUUCCGGCAGAUUGUUUGAUUGUCAAUUUGUUGAUUCCGAUAUGUGGGUAUGUCCGUCAGCCCAGAAUAGCACAAGGCGUUACGAGUAUGUGGAAUAUGAGAACGGACGCGUCUUGGGUCAAAGGGGACAAUGUGUACGCGGCACCACAAAGGUUGAUAGUUGGUGGCGUUAUCUUUUCUGGCAUUGCAGUUAUUGCUUCUGUAUGUGCGAUGAGCAGGGUCUAAAAUCUGAUCGAUUCUUCAAUCUACGCGAAUCUUUGUCGGAUGUCAAGCGCAAUAGAGUUGUUACUGGACUACGUUUUGUGAAACUGAAUCGUAUAUUCCAUCUGCAGAUCCAAGAGGCCGAGCUAUUGCCACGUGGAGCCGUCAAUGAGAGUACAUUGGAGUGGCGAAAGAUUGAUUCAUAUAACAUCUUUGAUAGGGAUGUCAAAAAGGGUGUCGACUAUCAUACUUUGAGCUAUGAAAGUCGUUCCAUUGAUUUGGAUGACAUAUAUACAGAUGAUAAUAGUUAUGUUGUAACGGGUGUACGGUUCCGUGUGGUCGGAGCACAUUUGAAUUUAGAGGCACGUUUGAGUGAAUUAGAUUUUAGAACCGGUCAACUCAUUCAGCCAGAGGUAAACAGUUUCUGGAAGUCUAAUGACAAUACCGAUGUUAGCGGUGAUGAUCGCAGAAAAAAAAUACCACUAUCCAAUGCGGAUUUGCCAACACGCACCAUAACAACAUCCAUACCGAUAUCACGUCACAAUCAAUACAUCGAUUUCACUUAUACGGGCUUGGACAAGGAUGCUGCUCAAAGUACGGUGCCGUUUAUUGAUAUACAGGAUGUUACAUCGAAGCCCCCAGUGCCAUUAUCGGGCAUUGGCAUCUACUAUAAGGGACGUCAGGGUUAUGGAGGUUUCCUAGCACCUAAGAUUAUAACAUAUGAUUUCACGCCCCAUGUUAUAGUGCCCACAAAGAAUAAGUUCUAAACUAAUUAAGAAACAAGGACGAAGUAUAAGAGCAUACGAGGAGAGAGCCCGAUCAUCAUCAUCAUCUCAGAUAUCUUAUAGCUUUCUAGGAUAUUUUACAUACAUACAAAAUACAUUUAAUCAUUUUGCAUUAUAUCUUGUCUAGCUUUAAAAUUAGUCUAUAUAUACAUAACAUAUAUAUACAAACAAACAAACAAAAUUCAUUAAAAGGAUGAACAAAGGAAGACAAGAUAGAAAUCCAAUCAGAACAAAAAUUAAAUAAUUAAAAAUAUUAUUGAAAUACAUAGUAGUUUAAUCAUAA